AUGAGUACUCCAUUUGGUUUAGAUUUUGGUAAUAACAACUCUGUCUUGGCUGUCGCCAAGAACAGAGGUAUUGACAUUGUUGUCAACGAAGUUUCCAACCGUGCCACCCCUUCUGUCGUUGGUUUCGGUCCAAAGAACAGAUACCUGGGUGAGACCGGUAGAAACAAGCAAACUUCCAACAUUAAGAACACUGUUGAAAACUUGAAGAGAAUCAUCGGUUUGAACUACAAGGAUACUGAAUUCGACCAAGAAGCCAAACAUUUCAGCUCUAAAUUGGUUGAACUGGAAGAUGGUAAAAUCGGUAGUGAAGUUAGAUUCGCCGGUAAGGUUGAAACUUUCUCUGCCACUCAAGUUGCCGCUAUGUUCAUCGACAAGGUUAAGAACACCGUCAUUGAAGACACUAAGGCUAGCAUCAAGGAUGUCGUCAUCGCUGUCCCAGUCUGGUACACAGAAGAACAACGUUACCACAUCUCUGACGCUGCUAGAAUCGCUGGUUUGAACCCAGUAAGAAUCAUCAACGAUGUUACUGCUGCUGCCGUCUCUUACGGUAUUUUCAAGACUGAUUUACCAGAAGGCGAGGAGAAACCAAGAAUCGUCGCCUUCGUUGACAUUGGUCACUCCUCUUACACUUGUUCCGUCGUCUCUUUCAAGAAGGGUUCCGCUAAAGUUAUCGGUACUGCUUACGACAAGCAUUUCGGUGGUAGAGAUUUCGAUCGUGCCAUCACCGAACAUUUCGCUGAUGAAUUCAAAUCCAAAUUCAAGAUUGAUAUCAGGGAAAAUCCAAAGGCUUACAACAGAGUCUUGACUGCUUCUGAAAAGUUAAAGAAGGUUUUGUCUGCUAACACCGCUGCUCCAUUUUCUUUGGAAUCUGUCAUGAACGAUGUCGAUGUUUCUUCUCAAAUGACCAGAGAAGAAUUAGAGGAAUUGGUUAAGCCAUUAUUAACACGUGUCACUGAACCAAUUACUAAGGCUUUGGCUCAAGCUCAAUUAACUGCUGAAGAUGUCGACUUCGUCGAAAUCAUCGGUGGUUGCACUCGUAUCCCAACUUUGAAGAACUCCAUUUCUGAAGCUUUCGGCAAGGAAUUAUCCACCACCUUAAACCAAGAUGAAGCAAUUGCUAAGGGUGCCGCUUUUGUCUGUGCCAUCCACUCCCCAACUUUGAGAGUUAGACCAUUCAAGUUCGAAGAUAUCCACCCAUACUCCGUCUCUUUCUCUUGGGACAAACAAGUUGAAGAAGAAGAAUCCAUGGAAGUCUUCCCAGCUAACUCUGCUUACCCCUCCACUAAGAUCAUUACUUUAAACCGUACUGGUGACUUUGAAAUGAAGGCUUUCUUCACCAACCCAUCCGACGCUCCAGCUGGUGUUUCUCCACAAAUCGCAUCUUGGAAGUUAUCUAACGUUAACGUUCCAGAAGGUGAACAAUCUGUUCCAGUCAAGGUUGUCUUAAGAGCUGAUCCAUCCGGUUUACACAUCAUUGAAGAAGCUUACACUACCGAAGACAUCAUUGUCCAAGAACAACUUCCAUUACCAGAAGAUGCUGCUGAAGAUGCCGAACCGGAAUUCCAAGAUGUCACCAAGACUGUCAAGAAGGAUGACUUAGUUAUUACAGCCUCUACUUUUGCUUUAUCUGCCGAUGAAUUAGCUAAAUUGACUGAAAAGGAAGCUGAAUUACACGCUCAAGAUAAGUUAGUCGCUGAGACUGAGGACCGUAAGAACACAUUAGAAGAAUACAUCUACAACUUACGUAGUAAGUUAGAAGAAGAAUACAAAGAUUUUGCCUCUGAUGCUGAAAAAUCUAGAUUAGGUGACAUGUUAAACAAAGCCGAAGAAUGGUUAUACAGUGAUGGUGAAGAUUCCACUAAAGGUAAAUACAUUGCUAAAUAUGAAGAAUUAGCUAUGUUAGGUAACAUGAUUAGAGGUAGAUACUUAUCUAAGGAAGAAGAAAAGAAACAAGCUUUAAGAGCUAAGUCUGAAUCUUCAAAGAUGGCAGAAUUAGCAGAAAAAUUAGCUGCUCAAAGAAAGGCUGAAGCUGAAAAGAAAUAA